AUGGACUUGGACAAUCCCAAAGGGUUUCCAGAGGCCAAAGAAGUGGAUAAUAUGACGUUCGAGGAAUUUUGCGUUGAUAGGUCUGGAUCGCAGGAUGCAGUUCACAUGGCAGAUGCUAUUUCAUCGGGGCUGCUUGGGGUGGAUAGUAAGGAAGUUAGUGCGUUGUAUAUGCUGUAUUAUUUCAAAAGUGGAAGUGGGAUCGACAAUCUCCUGUCGGAUGAGAAGGAUGGAGCGCAGUACCUACGCACCAGGCAAGGAACCCAAACUAUCGCUCGGAAGAUGGCAGAUGAGCUCGACCAAUCCGACAUCUUCUUGGGCAUGCCUGUCACGUCAAUCAAUCAGUCUCCAGGUAAUAGCCCCUGCGUGGUCCAGACACUUGAUGGCAGUUCGUUUAGUUGUCAACGCGUCAUUGUGUCUAUCCCUACGAACUUGUACCAAAGCAUCUCCUUCUGCCCCCCACUUCCACAAGCCAAGCAUGUUUUAAGCAACCAUACGAUCAUGGGCUACUACAGUAAGAUGAUCUUCGUCUUCCAAGAGCCAUGGUGGCGCAACGCUCGACUUACGGGGAUUAUCGACUCUGCGGGUGGCCCCAUAACCUUCACGCGGGACACGAGUGUACCCACCGAUGACCAAUGGUCUAUCACAUGUUUCAUGGUGGGGAGUCGGGGACGAGCAUGGUCCGAAUUGUCCAAGGGUGAUCGGUUCAAUCAAGUGUGGGAGCAAUUCUGCCGAUGUUUUGGCAAGUUCGUGAAAGAUAUCCCCAAGCCAAACAAUACUCUGGAAAUGGAAUGGAGUAAAGAGCCUUUCUUCCUCGGCGCACCUUGUCCAGUGAUGACACCAGGCUUGCUGACUACCGUCGGGUCUGAUCUCGCAGCACCGCAUGGUAAAGUGCAUUUCAUCGGAACAGAAACGUCCACAGUGUGGCGUGGGUACAUGGAGGGGGCCAUUCGAGCAGGGCAGCGAGGAGCAGCCGAGGUUGUGACGGCACUGCAGGAAGACUAG